GGGGGAAAAUAGAGCAGCUGUCCGGUGUUUUUAUCAGUUUUCCCUCAGUAAACAGUCUCAGAGUGCUCUGUGUGUGGAGGAAUUCAUCAUAGAGUCGCUUUCUUUUUGAAAUCAGUUUUUACUCCGUAGACAGCCUCAGACCGCCCCGUGUGUUCCACAGAGUUAUAUAGAUCCGCUCAUCGGCACCGCGGGCUGAAGAUGGGAACGCGAGAUUAACCGAACUCCUCCGUUUUAUGUUUUCAAGUGUGUUCCGGUGUCUCGUUCCGUGAUAACUUUGGAGUCAGGAUGAAGAGCCUGCGUGCCGCCGCCGGCCGGAGCCGCGGCGGGGCGGCCGGGCUGCUGUGCCCGCUCCUCGGCGCGUGUCUCUGGGCUGCGGUGGUCGCCUACAAGCCGGUGGUCAUCGUGCACGGUCUGUUCGACAGCUCCGGAGAUUUCAGACACCUCCAGCAUUUCAUCAACGAGUCUCAUCCGGGAACCAAUGUGACGGUCAUCGACCUGUUUGACCGGAGUGCCAGUCUGGAGCCCAUGUGGAAACAAGUGGAAGGGUUCAAGACGGCCAUUUACCCGAUAAUGCAAAACGCAGCGGACGGCGUCCACUUCAUCUGCUACUCGCAAGGUGGACUGAUUUGCCGGGGGAUCCUCUCCACUCUGUCCGACCACAACGUGCAGUCCUUCAUCUCCCUGUCCUCGCCUCAGGCCGGCCAGUACGGCGACACGGACUACUUAAAGUACCUGUUCCCUCAGUUUGUGAAGUCGAACCUCUACCACCUGUGCUACACCGGAAUAGGUCAGAGGAUUUCUAUCUGCAACUACUGGAACGACCCCCACCACAGAGACAUGUAUCUGAACAGCAGUGAUUAUCUGGCUCUGCUCAACAGCGAGAGGCCAAAUCCAAAUUCAACAGAGUGGAAGAAAAACUUCCUGAAAAUCAAGAAGCUGGUGUUGAUCGGAGGACCAGACGACGGCGUCAUCACGCCGUGGCAGUCCAGCCAGUUUGGAUUUUAUGACGACAACGAGACCGUCGUCGAGAUACAGAACCAAGAUCUGUAUUUACGAGACGUCUUCGGCCUGAAGACGCUGGCGGCGCGCGGAGAUCUGAUGCUGUGCUCCGUCCCGGGGGUCCAGCACGUGAUGUGGCACUCAAACGAGACUGUGUUUCACGUGUGCAUGGAGAAGUGGUUGGACUAGCA